CAAUAGAUAGAUUUUCCCAUGUAUCCCCCGUAUCACCGGAAUGGUAUAUUCCGUUGCCUAGGUGCUUGUAGAAGCGACCAAACUUGUCCAUCCCUGCUGACUACUGGAUACACCAGUGAGUGUCUGCUGCACCUGAGCUUCGGCGCUAGCUAGGUGAUUGACUUGGGAUGGAAGUUCUAAACAGCUGUCUAUGGAUUUCACUGGCUUGCAACCAUCCUUGUCAUGCCUUUCAAACCACAAUCUGUUCAACAGUAUACCAUGUAGCCCGCUACUUGGUAACUUUUUACUGAAGGAAACAGUUCAUCACUUGCAGAUGCAAGUCCCUUGGAUCUAGCUAGUGUAUGGACAUGGAUCGUGAUGAGGUCCCGUCGGAGCUGGAUCAGAUUGCACUGCGUCUGCAGGAGGGCGGCCUGGCUCCCUCGGCAAGUGCGGAGGAGUGUCAGCGGCACCUGUGGCGUCAGCUCCUGCAUUGUGAGGGAGACCUGCGCACAGCUACCCAGGAGCUACACACACUGCGCACACAGCAGGCCACCGAGAUGAAAGAGGUGGAGAACUAUGUGGAGCACAUCCGUGGCCUGCUGGAGGAGCGUGAGUCUCUGACAGCCGAGUAUGAGCAGGACAACGAGCAGCUCCAUGCAGACCUCCAGCAGAUUAGGCUCCAGCAAGAUUCCCAGAGGAAGGAGGUGGUGGAGAUGCUGGCCCAGGAGGACUUGGGUGAAAUUGGCCUCAGUAGCACCAGUGAGCAGGUGGCCUACCUGCUGGUGGAGAGGGCCACGCUGUUGGAGAGACUGGAGGCUGCAGAGAGGAGGCUGGACACGCAGAACCUCACAGGCAACCUCAGGGAGGUCCACCUGCAGGACGAGCUGGAUCAUAUUCGCCACACUCUGGAGGAAGAGUUAAGACAGCAGAGGGAGACCAUGCAGCGUACCAAAGAAAGCAUGAGCCAGGAGCAGCAGUCUCCAGCUCAGAGGCCUUGGAAGAAGCUGUUUGGCCUACGCAAGUCCUCACAGAGCACACACAAUGGUGCACCUGUCCACAAUGAGGACGUAUCCCAGGAGCGCUCCGAGCGCCAGCGGCUAGAGAGGGAUCUGGAGGAGGCAUCUCGGCGGCUCUCCAUGGCCCACGAGGACAUCCGCAGACUGACAGACAAGCUGGAGUCUGCCAAGAAGACCCAAGCCAUGUGUGGACCUGAGCUUGAGCAAACUGGUCAAGAGGUGGAGAGCCUGAGGAAGGAGGUGGACAAGCUGAAGCAAUGUGAUACGCUGGAGCUGCAGAGGGCGAAGGAGCACAAUGAAAGACUGGAUGGGGAAAUCCGGGUUCUGAGAGAGCGAGUGCGCUCCCUGGACUCUGAGAAGAAAACCCUCUUACAGGUGGGGGAGAGCAAUAGCAGUGAGCACCCUAAAGAUCUGCCUAUGAUGUUGUUGACCACAUCGAAACCUGAGGAGCAGGAGCAGAUUCAUAAAAGGUGUCGCGAGGCUGUGGAGGACGUGGGUUGCCAGCUGCGGGAGCUGCAGCGGCGCAUGCAGAGGCAGCAGCGGGAGCAGGAGGAGCUGGUGGAGAGGAACGAAGAGCUGGAGGCGCUACUGGGAGAGGCCCAGAACGCCAGCAAGGAAGAGUGUCAGCGCCACGAGGGUGAACUCGAGGGACUGCACCGCAAGAUUAAAACCCUAGAGGCAGAGCUGAAGAAGAUAUGUGCUCAGGACCAGGUACUGAAGGAUGGAGGUGUCGUCAGCAGAGAGACCGAGACGUACCUACAUCAGUUAAGGGACAGCAGCCAGGAGAGGGUGGCCCUGUUGGAGGCUCGUCUGACCGAAGAGAAGGAUUGGAGGAGACAGCUGGAGGUAGACCUCGGCUCUGCCCAGGCUGCACUUAAAAAUAACAAAGAGACACUGCAGAGAGAUGAGAGGGAGCUGAGGAAGUUGCGAUUGGAGAUACAGGGCCUGCAAACUGAAUGUCAACAAGGGAAAACGCUCAUCAAGAGCCUAACGCAAGUUAAAGGGGAAAAGGGAAUCUUGGAAGAGAAAGUGGCUCAGUUGGAGCGAGCUCAGAGCAGACUCCAGAGUGACCGGGAGCACCAGACAGAGAGCAGCCGGACCCAGGAGGACCUGAGGGAGAGCAGGACGCAGGUGGAGGAGCUGGGAGCGAAAGUGGAGCGACUCACUUCGGUGCUCUCCUGCUUGGAGGAAGAGCAUUGCACACUGCGGGAUGAGAUGGUGCAGGAGAGAAGGCGGGCCGCAGACCUCCAGGCCCAGCUGAGUGAGCGGGUCCGGGAGAAGCUGACCGCUGAAGGGGAGAAGGAGAGACUGGGCAUCGAGCUACUCCGGCUCAGGGAACAACUCCAACUCUCCACCCAGACCCGACAGGAGACCGCAGGACCCACCAGGCCCAGACAGGAUACCCCAGAAUCAGACUACAGCUUCCUUCUAACAGAGAGGACCAAAGACGAAUGCCUCAACCAGCUGGCGUCUCUGAAGUGUGAGCUGAGUCGUCUGCACGCCACCCUGGAGGAGGAGCGGCAGCUGGCCAAUCAGCACCAGCUGGCCCUGCAGGCCCAGAUCAACGAGGCCCAGGCCCGCACUAAGUCCCAGGACUCCGUGCUGGGGCAGAAAGCUGAGGAGAGCAAGCAGCUGAAGCAGGACCUCCAGAGAGCCCAGAGUCUGUUCACCUCGGCUGAGAGGGAGCUACGCUAUGAGAGAGAGAAGAACCUGGACCUCAAGAGACACAACGCCCUCCUGGACCAGGAGAAGAUCAAGGUGUGUGCGGAGCUAAAGCAGGCCCAGGCAAAGCUUUCCCAGGCAGAGAAGAGUGGCUCGGGGCAGGCUGCGGAGAUGGAGCGGCUGCAGCACAGGCUCCGAGAGCUGGAACUGGAGCUGGCCCGCAGCGGACAGAGCCGCAACACCAACGCAAGCCUGCAGGAGGAGCUUCAAGCAGAGAGAGUCCGCGUCAUCUCCGCAGACAAGAAGGUGUUGGAGCUGCAGCAGAAGCUGAAGAGUGCCCACCACCAGCUUCGUCUGGAGGAAGCCCGGGCCGGGGAGACCAGCCGGCUAGAGAGGGACAGUAGGGACAUGUCCGACACCCUCUCCUCUCUCCGAGCCAGACAGCUGGAGGACCAGAUCCAGAGGAAGCUGUUGGAGCAGAGGGAGGAGGAGCUGCAGCAGCAGGUGCGUUCUCUGAGGGGGAAGGAGGUAUCACUGGGACGCAACAACUCAGAGCUCAGACACCUCACACAGCAGCUGGAGACACGCCUAGCUGUCCUGGAAGCCGAGCAUGGCAAGGCCAGAGAGGAGCAGAGAGAGAGCCAGAGGUCGUGUCUUCAGCUGGGAGAGGAGUUGGUGGCCAGUCAGCAGGAGAGUGAACGGCUCCAGGAGGAGCUCCAGCAGGUCAUCACACAGCUGGACACUUACAUCAGGAAGUACAAUGAGAAACAGUCGCAGCACAAGACCAAGCUGAGGAAGGCCAAGCAGAUCUUCCUGAUGGCCACGGCCCAGAGAGACCGCACCAUCCAGAAACUGGAGAACGACCUUGCCCUGGCCUCCAGCCUCUCCCACAAGGAGAAAGACUGGAUCAGGACAGUUAUGGAGGAGAAUGAAAAAUUGCUGGUAGAGAAGAGAGAACUUCUGAGGAGGAUGAGCGAGGCAGAGGAGAUGGGGAGCAACGGCCUGAGAAAGGCCUCCAAUGUUCAGCACAGGGUCAACUUUCUGGAGGUGGAGAACAGACAACUUCAGGAAAGAACUUUAAAGUUGGCCAAUCAAGUCGGAACGCUAGAGCGGGCUCUGAGGAACGUUCAAUCACAAUCGCUCUGCAACCUAGAGGAUAUCAAGAAAAUGUUUCCUUCUGAAAGUCUUGCGAACGACAGCAUCCUUCAUAAGUCAACAUUAAGUCUGACAUCAGGUGCAUGUGACCCUCUGGGCAUCCUCAAUGCCAUCUGCCGGGUGAAGGUGGGCGAGCGCGUGGAGGGCAUCCAGACGUCGUCCUCCACGCCCCAUUCCCAGUUGCAGUCCUUUGAACUGGGCUACCUGAACCUCACCUCCCCUGUAGCUCCCCCAGACACCAAAGACCCAGAGGAGAGUGACCAGUGACCAGAAAGUGAUUAGGGUUGGUGGUGACUAGGUAUGAGGAAGGGGUUAAAGGGUGGUGAGGACCCUGGUAUACAAAAUGACUGCUCCAUUGACCACAGGAGAGUCUGUCACUGUUACUCUAGUCUUUGCGUUACCAUUCUUCCAAGUCUCUAAGGAAGCCUGGAAGCUGAGGCUACUGUUACUUACCUUUGAGGUGUUGACCUGAGUGUUGAUUUUACAAGACAAUUAUUUCAUUGUGUACAAAAUAGACAGUUGUGAGAAUUGUUAAUGCGAUGCCUCCACUAUAACGGCAAUUCAUGGUCUUUUCUGCUUUGCCUGUGGAACACAGUUUGAAUUGUGGAAUUAUACCACUGACUCCCUCAUUUGGCUUGCAGCUGCUGCCUUAUCUCCCUUGUGUUCACAGUGGGAUGUUUGAAAAGUGAGCUUUUGGGGGUUUGGCUGGUUAAGUCUGUGGGAGUGUGUCAAUGGCAAACAUUGAAAAUAGUAUUUUGAACAGUGACUUGUGUGAUUUGAGCUUAAGUGCAACUAUUCGAUUGGAAGUGGAAGUAACUAGUGAACUAAGAUAUGGUCUUUUUUGGAUGCACUAAAUGUGGAUGCACUUAAUUUUAAAUCCUCCAAAUGCUACGAUGGUCUUUAUAUUCAGAAAAUAAGGCCAAACUGAACAUGGAGCCUUAUGAAGGUCUGGAGGUGGUAUGACUACAUUUACAUUGAAUCAAAUAUGUGUCUUUGUAUUCAAGGAAAAGACUGGUAACUUUUUAAAAAUUGAUCUAGAUACUAGCAUCACAAUUUCUACACUAAUACAGUGAGGUCCAAAAGGCAUAAAUACCAUAAGUACAUUUUCCCUAAAACUUUUGGUUCCCUAGAAUCAUGGGACUAUGUACAAAAAGUGCUGUCAUUUCUAAACGUUUCACCCAAUAUGGAUGAAAAUACCCUUAAAAUCCAAAGUGCUGGAGUACAGAGGCAAAACAACAAAACAUUUGUCACUGUCCAAAUACUUUUGGACCUUACUGCAUGUGUCUGACAUCAAUGUACCAUAGUAACAAUUACAUGACAGUGGUGUGAAAGAGCCGUUUGAAAUGAUCACUUUUUUUUUUAGAACAUGCUCGAGUUGGUUUACAUUCUGAGGAAUGUGGCAGUGAAACGGUAGCUGUAGGAUUGAACUUAAAUCCAUUGUUGGCAUUUUAUUUUCUAUGAAAAACUCAUGCCUUUUGGGAUUGUAAUAUGUUUUAGGAUGUUUUCUGAGAUUAAGUCUUAACGUGGUUCAAGGCGUAUCUGUUAAGUUUACAAACGUGUUUUCUAUCGAGUGGACCAAUGGUGUUACGAGGGCGAGAAUGUUACAUACAACUGGAUGUGUUGUAAUGAGGCAGAUACAGUAUGUGUGUGUAGCCUAAUGCUAAGAAGCAGAUUGUUGGCUUUCAAAUAGCCAUUAUUAGCAAUCCUAAUAUUAUCACUCAAACCACUACAAACCUGUACUCUGGUGUAGACUAUACUAUACCUCUGUUCAUUAUGUUCUUAACUAAAAUGCGUUUUAAUAUGGCGAACAAUACAGUUUUGUUGUCUCUUAUGUAAGAGAUUCUCCCGAGUGGCGCGGCAUCUCAGUGCUAGAGGCGUCACUACAGACCCUGGUUCGAUCCCGGGCUGUAUCACAACCGGCCGUGAUCGGGAGUCCCAUAAGGCGGCGCUCAAUUGGCCCAGCGUCGUCCUGAUUAGGCCGUCAUUGUAAAAUAAGAAUUUGUCCUUAACUGACUUGCCUAGUUAAAUAAAGGUUAAACAUUUUAAGAAAGAUAGCAAGUUUUACAAUAGUUUGUUUUGCUUUGAAUGGGAUCCACUUGCAUGCCCAUUUAGAGGUCAGGGUUUUUAGCUACUUUAUCAUUAAAAAGAAAAAAAAGCUGCUUAUUUUUUAUGUAACUUUUGUGGGAGUGACAUUAAUAUCUUGUCGAGGUUAGGGCCUGCUUGGUAGUCUUGGAAAAUACCAUAUUCACAGUAUACACAUCAUUUGAUCAUCUGUUACAGUAAUGCAUUUCUUUUUCACUGUAGAUUUGUAAGUUUGUGUAGUAUGACUCUUAGAUGUUUUAACCACAAAGCGAUUAUUUAAUUUAGCAAUGUUUUAUAAACAUGGAAUUUUAACCUUUUUAUUUAGCCACUGACAACUUACAAUCAUUCACUGUAGCCUUUAGAGAUUGAUUCAGCAAGGAAUGUACAUUAAAUAAUAUGGUAUGAUAUGCUUUGUAAUCCUCCAUUUUGUCUUCAAGGUGCCUGUAAUGAUAAAGUGUAAUGCUCUGUCCUGCUGCUAAACUGAGAGGGAAUAUCAAUGUACAAAUAAUGCUUGCUAUUAACAGUCAUAUUCAUUAGAGUAAUUAACAUGAACUUUUAGGUACUAAUGUAAAUGUGAUUUUUUUUAUAAAGAUAAUCAUGUAUUUUCAUAAAUAAAGGUCAUUCAAUCUU